AAUGAGGUUGAACAGUUGAACUGUUGAAGAAACAAGCCGGUUUGCAUUUGCACUUUUUUCAUUUCUCUUUUCUGACAUAUGAACCACAAUCCAGAAAAUUCCCGUGAACUUGGAAGUUUCAGAAUUGAGACUUAAAUAAAGGUUCAAACUUUGGUACCUAGCCCUAAACCCCCAAACCCCAGAGAGAAAACAAUGAAGAGGGCUUUUGUAACGAACCCUGCCCAGCUUUCACAUUUGAUGAUGCAGAGUCAGAGGCAGUUGAUGUUGGUGCAGCAUGUCAUUCAUCCAAUCAAACCUCCUUCUUUUCUCUGCAACAAACUGCACUCUACACCUUCUUUUCGAUUGCCACAUUUUCUGAGGAAACCCAGACAGUAUCAAAUCUCUUCAUCUUUUUGUUCUUCUUCUUCUUCUUCUUCUUCCUCCACUUCAUCCGCUGCUGCAACCUCCGUCUCCAAGGUUGGCUUUGUGGGUUGGUAUUUGGGGAUGAUUAAGUCAUGGCCUAUUUUGACUAAAAGUGUUACUUCUUCACUUAUUUACAUUGCUGCUGAUUUAUCCUCCCAGACUAUUGUGCGGGAAUCUUCAGAACCUUUUGAUUUUAUAAGAACUUCGCGCAUGGCGGGAUAUGGGAUGAUCAUUUUAGGACCAUCACUGCAUUUCUGGUUCAAUUUUGUGUCAAAGCUUUUCCCAAGGAGGGAUCUUUUCUCUACAUUGAAGAAAAUGGCCAUGGGUCAGACACUUUAUGGACCGGCCAUGACUGUUAUUUUCUUCUCCUUGAAUGCACGUUUACAAGGUGAAACCGGUUCAGAGAUUGUUGCACGUUUAAAACGUGAUUUGCUUCCUACAUUGUUGAGCGGGAUUAUGUACUGGCCUAUAUGUGAUUUCAUAACUUUUAGGUUCAUUCCUGUCCAUUUACAGCCAUUAGUCAGCAAUUCAUUUUCGUACUUGUGGACCGUUUAUAUGACCUAUAUGGCAAGCCUAGAGAAAGCAAGCGCACUGUAAGCAAUGCCAAAUUUUGUUUCAUGAUUGAGACCGGAAUCUGCAGGAUACAAUCAAAUCUUUUGGGGUGUCUGCAGGGAAUUCUGAUCUCACAUUGUCCAUGGCUAUGCUACUAACCACGACACUCAGUGUUAUCCAUUUUUAUUAAUCUAUAUAUUCCUCUUAUUUGCUUUUGUAGUGUAACUCGUUUAUAUGUAUGGGACCUAUUUGUAGAAGCUCUAUGUUAAAUUUUUGUAUUGCAGAUUUUAUUUUAUUUUCCUCUUCACGAAAUGGAUUUUU